AUGGAUUUAGUUUUGAAUGGUGGUGGUGACGGACUGGAGCUAAUGCUAACCAGCAACUCUGAGUCAGGAGCAGAGUCAUUCCUGACAGAUGAAGAGGUGGUCUACCAGGAGGGACUUGACCCUGCUGAAGAUGUUGAUCAUCAACAACAGGCAGGCCCUCCUGAUACAUCGGUUCUCCCUUCCACUUCCUCUGCUGUUGUGGCUGCUCUGCCACUUUCCAGAAGGGGACAAGGAAAAGUGAACUUUGCUCUUUCUUCUGAAGAAGAGGAGGAAGAGCCAUCAACCUCUGCUGUGCUGCAGCCAUCAGUUGGAGGUCCUGGGAGGAAGAGAACCCCCUCAGCAACCAGAAGGGGACGGGCCAGGUCCAGAGGUGGAUGCAGGUCCAGGUCUCCUCUUAGGCCACAGUCAGCAGCCUCUGCCACAUCCUGGAAAACAGAGGAGCAUCCAGACACAGCUCCAGAUCCAAAGAGGUUCCUCCCAGCAAGAACCCCUGGACAUCAACUAAGCUCCACCAGUAUGUACACACCACUGGACCUGUUCAAACUGUUUUUCACAGAUGAUGUUGUGAAAACACUGUGUCAGAACACGAACAAACAGGCUGCAAAAAAUAUUGUACAGGGCAAAAAAUAUUCAUGGACGGACAUCACCACCCAGGAAUUCCAGAAGUUUUUGGGACUGAACUUUUAUUUUGCCCUGGUGAAGAUGAACGCAGUCCAGGAUUACUGGAAAACUGGUUCCAUUUUCAGCCUGACCUUCCCAGCCAGUGUCAUGCCAUGGAACAGGUACCUGGAUGCCUGUAAGGCCCACUACCACCCCUACCAGAACCUGGCGAUUGACGAGCGGAUGGUGGCUACCAAGGCUCAUACUGGCAUGACUCAGUAUAUGAAGGCAAAACCUACUAAAUUGGGUUUCAAGCUUUUUGUGCUGGCAGACAGCAGCAACGGCUACACAGUUGAUUUUACUGUGUACACAGGCAAGACCCAGUUUCCAUCAGGAGUUGGGCUAGCCUACGACGCAGUGAUGUCCCUGAUCAAGCCAGCAUACCUGGGCACUGGCUUCCAUGUGUACAUGGACAAUUUUUAUACAAGCCCAACUCUUUUCAGGGCACUGUAUAAUGUUAACAUGGUAGCAUGUGGCACCUACAGAGACAACAGGAAAGAGUGCCCCCAGACAUCUGAAAAUGCCCUGCACAAAAAAGUACCAAGAGGCUCCAUCAGGUGGAUACGCCAAGGCCCACUCAUCUUCGUCAAGUGGAUGGAUACACGAGAGGUCUCUGUCUGCUCCACGAUCCACCGAGCAUUUGAUGGAGCCACUGUAAAGAGGAGGAUGAAAAGUCAGGAUGGCAGCUGGAUCACAAUAUCUGUCUCAUGCCCAACACCUGUUGUGGAGUACAACAAGCACAUGGGAGGUGUUGAUUUAUCAGACCAGCUGAUACAGUACUACUCUGUGCAACACAGAUCCAACAGAUGGUACCGCACCCUCUUCUACCAUUUCAUGGACAUUGCUGCCACCAACAGCUAUCUCCUUCACAAGGAUCUCUGCAAGCAGAGGCAACAGGAACCCAUGAGCCACAGAGGCUUCCUUCAAGAGUUGACAGCUCAGCUCUGUGGUGUCACGGUGAAUGUCCCUCCUCAAAGAGCACAGGGCUCACACAUUCCCGUGCCAGUCUCCCAUGUAGAGGAUAAGGGCAAGAAGGCCACGGCUGGGAGAAAAAAGUUCAUCCUCUGCAGAAAGGACAGGCAGGUCCAACAGUCCACCCCCUGGAAGUGUGAGAUGUGUGAUGUAGCCCUCUGUCUUGUUCCAGACAGAAACUGUUUCAAGGAGUGGCACAAGUGA